GAAAUCAUUCUUGGUGAAUGAUGCUGGGCCACUCUGAAAAUUUGUGGCUGAGAUCUGGACCCUCGUCAUCACCACGUACUUUGUCACUGAGACAGGGUAACCCAUGGUUACUGGGCUCAGAUCAGUUAAGGGGCAGAGAGCCUCCCCUCCUCACUGCUAUAUAAAAGAGACCGGGUAAAGGGGCCCUAGCAGCUCCUAGCUCUCAGCCUGGGGGCGAAGGUGUGGGAAAGAAAACCAGCCGCAAACGCAAGGCCAAUAUGUCUCCUACCUUCAAACUUCAGUGCCACUUCAUUCUGAUCUUCCUGAUGGCUCAAAGAGGGGACAGCCGGUACCUAGAGCUGCGGGAAGCAGUAGACCACGACCCUUUCCUGCUCUUCAGCGCCAACUUGAAGCGGGAGCUGGAUGGGGAUCAGUUAUACCGCCGCUCUCUGCGAUGCCUGGAUAUGCUCAGCCUGCAGGGUCAGUUCACCUUUACCGCCGAUCGGCCACAGCUGCACUGUGCCGCCUUCUUCAUCAGUGAGCCUGAGGAAUUCAUCACCAUCCACUACGACCAGGUCUCCAUCGACUGUCAGGGCGGAGACUUCCUAAAGGUUUUUGAUGGUUGGAUUCUCAAGGGGGAGACAUUUCCCAGUUCCCAGGAUCAUCCUCUCCCCAUGACUGAGCGCUACAUAGAUUUCUGUGAGAGUGGUCUUAGUGGAAGAAGCAUCAGAUCCUCCCAGAACGUGGCCAUGAUCUUCUUCCGAAUUCAUGAACCAGGAAAUGGAUUCACAUUAACCAUAAAAACAGAUCCCAACCUGUUUCCUUGCAAUGUCAUUUCCCAGACACCAAAUGGAAGGUUUACCCUAGUAGUUCCACAUCAGCACCGAAAUUGCAGCUUCUCCAUAAUUUAUCCAGUGGUGAUCAAAAUAUCUGAUCUUACCUUGGGACAUUUCAAUGGUCUUCAGUUAAAGAAACCCUCAGGAGGUUGUGGGGGAAUAGGAGACUUUGUGGAACUGCUGGGAGGAACUGGUUUGGACCCUUCCAAGAUGAUUCCUUUAGCUGAUCUCUGCUCUCCCUUUCAUGGGCCUGCCCAAAUGAAAAUUGGCUGUGACAACACUGUGGUGCGCAUGGUCUCCAGUGGAAAGCACAUAAAUCGUGUGACUUUUGAAUACCGCCAGCUGGAACCGUAUGAAAUGGAAAACCCAAGUGGAAACAGUAUCCAAGAGUUUUGUCUCUCUACUCUUUGAACAACCAACCCACUGAUUUACGUACUGCCAGCUAAGAGAGUUUUAAUAGCUGUUCUAUGAUUUUGAUGCCAAGUAGUUAUGUCUUUCAUGCUAGUCUUCUCAGUAUAGACACACACACACUUCACACAUGCACAUUAAUUUCUGUACCUUGUUUUUUCUUUUUUUCAUUUGUAAGAUAUCAGUGAUCACAAAGAAGAAAAUACUCC